CCGACGUCGACGCACGCCUCUCGUUUUUCGCGCGCUUCUCGCAAUUCUCGGUAAAUGCGCAAAAAAGCCAGCAACAAAUUCAAAUCAAAUCGCAACGCAACGCAUGGUGAAUACAUGCCUGUAUUUUAUAAAUAGAUCAGCGGAGCCAUAAAAAGCAUAUAUUAAGCAAAUCUAGAAAGAAAAAAAAGAAUAAGAAAAGUGAUUAGUUGAUAAGGAAUACUGUUUUCUGAAAGAAUUUGCCGCGCGCGCGAAUUAGUUUCGAAUAUUGCGUAUACGCACGGUCGGCCAAAUAAAACAAAUCGAAAUCAAACAACCAAUAAAACAAGGGAACACAAAAGCACACAUUUUGGCAAAAGCAGCAUAUCAGAAACACCAAUAAACAUUUCCUAGUAUUUACAACGAAACGAGGGAAUACCCUAUGUAUGGAUUUAGAUAGCACAUUUACAGCAAUCAAGGAUACAGAGCCUUUGGAAGGAUAGCCGCAAGGAUGCCAGCCAGCGGGUUGCAAUCUCCACCAGGUCGACGACAGGCUAACGGCAUAUCAGGAUAAAAGAACCAGGGACUUGGACAUGGCUCCUCUAUUUGUCUAGUGGGCAAAUACCAGCGAACCGGGAACCAGGCCACACACCCGCACACCCACUCACACACACCCACAUACACACGCUCGGACAAACAAGGACGUUUGUCAUUGUGUGCGUCAAGGACGCUGACACACGUACAUGCUUACAAAGUAUCGCAGUGGUUGUUGUAGUUGUUGUGCCAUACAAACAAGCCAGUGUCGCAAAGUGGGCGUGCCAGCUGGGCGGCCUCUGAUUAAAUAUACAUCAGUCAAGCGCAAGGAUCCCAAUUUCCAGCAGUUGUCCCAUGUAAAAGGACACGGGACAAGGAAAAGCGCAAAGCAGGACACCAACUUAUAAGCAGAAAAAUGGCGCGACGCAAGGGCAGCGGUCGAGGCAAAUCUACUGUGAAUUCACGCAAGAGUGCUUUGGAAACGGCACGUGAAAAACUUAAAGAUGAGCCCGCUCCAAAUACGUCACAGGGUAAUAAAUUCGAUAAUAAUAUGGAAAAUGCAACAACCACAACGGCCAAGCAUUACAAAACCGCAGGCAAACAGUACAAGACCAAUAAAGUGAACAAUACGCGACGUGCCACAGCAGCAGCAGCGGCGGCAGCAGCAGCAGCAGCAGCAACAACCACAACAGUAACAACAGCAGCAACAUCAACCAAGAAGCAGACAUAUCGGGAAACUGCAACAGCAACCACAGUCACUCAGAGAGCAACAAACAAAGCUAACAGAGCAGCAGCAGCAGCUGCAACAGCUGCAACAGAAGCAACAUCAGCAACGGCAACACCCGCAGUUGCAACAUUAACAACCUCCAAAGCAACAGUAGCAGCAUCAGAUGUUGCUGGUGGCAAUAGCAACACCAACAGCAACAGCAAACCCAGUACAAGCACACGAGAUAAACUAAGCGAGUUGCCGACUGCUGACAACAGCAAUCACAUCAUCAGCAACAACAACAACAACAAUAAUAAUAAUAAUAAUACAAAUAACAACAACAACCACCACAGUGAUAAUAGUAUUAGUGAGAAUAAUUAUGAAUUUAAGUGUAGAGAUAAAGCAAGUCUAAGUGAUAGCAAAAUGACGCUACAACAGAUGGCAGCAGUCAGCAGCAACCAGGAGCCAGUGGCUCCAAAUGUGGCCAACACGAUGAGCAACUCGAGCAUCAUCAUUAGCAGCCAGGCCACCGCAAAUGCCACACCCGCCACCGAUGAGCCUCCAUUGGGGGAUUGGUCAAAUAUUUCACGCUAUCUGCACAAGAAGUUCAAACGUUUGGCCAGCACCACCGAAGUGGAGAGUGGUAGUGCGUCGACGAAUGGUAAUGGUGGUGGUGCUCAUCAUCCAAGUGGAGAUGGUAUCCGCACCACAUCGCUGUCCUCAAACAGUUCGCUUUCACCACCACCGCCAAUGCCGAUGCCGAUGACGAUGCCGCUGGCCAAUGGUCACCAUCUGAUCAACGAGCAACAGCAAGUGCAGCAGCAACAUCAACCACCGCCGCCACCGCCGUCAGCAGCAGCCACACAUGAAUUCAGUGCCAAUUUUGUAAAUAGCAAUCAUGUCAAUGCCAUUGGUCAUGAGGAGAGCAUCAUCAGCAAUAGUGGCUACAAGGCAGCGGCCAGAACGCGAACGCCACUCAGUAAUAGCAACAGCAACACGACCAGCAACAGCAACUAUGCGGCAAAUGCAACACUAUCACCGGCAACAUUUGCCCAGCAUCAGCAAAUGACGCAGCCAACAACGGUCAGUCCGGGAAUUCCAGGCGGAGCAGCCGUGUCGAAUCCUGCAGGAGAGAAAUCCGGACGAUACGUCUGCCCAUACUGCAAUCUGCUCUGUGCCAAGCCCUCGGUGCUGGAGAAGCACAUACGGGCCCACACCAACGAGCGACCCUAUCCAUGCGAUACCUGCGGCAUUGCGUUCAAGACAAAGAGUAAUUUGUACAAACAUUGCCGCUCCAGAUCGCAUGCAGCCAGAGCUCGUGGCUUGGAAGUGCCUGCGGAUGCAGAUGAUGGACUGUCCGAUCAGGAUGCCGAACUGAGCAACAGUAGUUCGGAGUUGCCAAGUCGCGCUGGAUCGCCUUAUGAUGAGCCCAUGAGUUCGCCCACACCCUCACCUUCCACGCUGUCGGCGGCCAAGAGUGCCUACAUUCAGCAGCCACCGCUCCCGCAGCACAUGCAACAGUUGCCGCUGGGCUCCCCGGCUGCAGGGACAUUGCCACCCACCACUGCGGAUAAUCUGCACUCGGCCACUGCCCAGCAUCGCCAGUCGAUUGACUACAAGCCAUAUAAACCCAAGUUCCACAAUGCCUCGUUGUAUGCACCCGGCAGUAGCAAGGAGCAACAGCAGCAGCAACAACACCUGCAGAUUCAGCAGCAGCAACAACAACACCAAAUGGCCCAGCAGAAGCUAUCCAUUCAACUGCCAUUGGUGCAGCAGCCAUCGCUGGCACAUCCCACACUCUCGCCCAGUACGCAGAUGAAGAUGAAGCACCACAUUAACUCGCAUCAGAUCCAGUUGCAGAUGCAGCAGCAACAAUCCCUUUUGGCUCAGCAAUCGCUGUUGGCCGCCAUGCCAGUGACACCUGGAGGGGUUUAUUACCUGGGGCAGCCGCCCUAUUACAACCAAGAUGCAGCGGCGGCGGCCAUUCACCAGCAAGCGCUGGUUAUUCAGCAAUUUCAUCUGCAACAAAUCCACCUGGCCCAGCAGCAGCAGCAGCAGCAACAACAGCAGCAGCAACACUCACCUCUGGUGAAGGCGCCACCGCCAAUGCAACAGCCUACAAGUCUGCCGCCUCAACAGCUGGUGCGAGCCAAUAGCCAGGUUGCAAAUGUAGUAACAGCACCUGCCACACCCACACCCGCCGCAAAUCUCAGCAGUUUUGCCAGUUCCAGUGGCGGCAAGCAAGUGAAUGUGGCCAAAGUACAGGAGCACAUUUCCAAGUUGAUCUCUCAAAAUGAAGCCAUUGUGGAGAACAAGGAGAUACUGCUGCAGAAGAAAUACCCCAAGCAGCUGAGUCGUUCCCGCAGCUUCAACAAUGCCAACAGCAACAAUGCAACGCAGCACGGCAGCAACACGGCGGCAUUGCAUGCCAACAGCAUUCACAACAUCAAUGCACAGAUGCCGGAGCGGGAGACUAAAGUGAAUUUGGCACAGGCCAUAGUCCAAAAACACCAGCAGCAACAACAGCAACAGCAGCAGCAACAACAGCAGCAACAGCAACAUCAGCAACUCCAACAGCAGUUAAUCCAACAGCAACAGCAACUUGACCAGCAGAGCUACUACACGUACAUGCAACAGCAGCAGGAGAAUCAGCAGCAACAACAGCAGCAAUUGGAACCACCAAAUGGCUUGGUUAAAAGGAAUACCUAUAAGCCUGCAUCAGCGAUGACAACGCCUGUGAAACAGCAACAACAACUGCCUCCUCCGCCCUCCCCGCUGCCCAUGCAAACGAUGCAAUAUCGACAGGAUCCUGCAACGCCAGUAGCUAAAGUUGAGCAACCCGCGGCAGCAGUCCAUGCGAUGCCCUUAAACUUGUCUGCAAAGCCGAAACCAACUCUUGUUACAGUGCCUGUAAGCUCCUUGCCCAUCAGCUCUGUGGCAUCGACACCCGCGACCUCUGCAAAUCCGACCAGCAGCUCCAAAACUGCCCCACCUCCUGCCCAGGUGAAUAACUCGAUCAUCAAGAAUCUGCUGCUGAAUGCUAGAGGAUUGGCUGUGCCAAUUGGCGAGGGCGAUGAUGCCGUUUAUUCGUGUCCCAUUUGUGCGAAUGAAUUCCGCAGUGCGGACGAUCUGAAGCUUCACAACAGCACCUACUGCCAGGAUGCAAGCUCCAGUGCGCCGAUGAGUCCGGCUUCGUCGCCCUUCCGUUCCAAUUCGAUCUCGUUAAGUCUGCCGGAACUGAAGAGUCACAUGGCCAACUCGAAAAAUCCCUUAUCUCUGGCCAAGUUGGCCUGGUCGCAGUUGAAGACCAAGAGGAGCACUCUGGUAUUGAGUCGUCUUAGUGCAGCACAAACGCCUGCGAGAACCUCCACUGUGACAGCUCCUACUGCAACUGCACCUGCUCCAGCUCCCGCUCCUUCUACGGCUUCUGCUGCAUCAGCUGCUCCUGCUCCUCAGAUUGAAGCCCUGCGCUUUGUGGAUGCUCCUCUACCGUCGCCAGGUCCGCUGUUGGGAAAAACUCCCUUAGUGGACUACGCUCAACAGAAUGCACCACGCAAGGCCCAGGACUCGGUGGUUAUAACCAAAAUGCACGAGGAUCGACAGUUUGCUAUGCGCGAUAUUGAGGCUCAACCGGCAAAACGUUCGAAGAUUAGCGAACAGGUGGCGACGUCCUCCACUCAGCAGACCCCAAACUUUAAUUUUUCCUUUAACAACAAUGGUGUACCAGAGUUGCGGUCCAUGAAAGAGGAGCGACUUCGCAGAUUCACUUCCUCGGGGGGCACCAUGAUUCCAAUUUCGGAGUGCCCCGAUUUGGAGAACAGCCCCAAGGUGAUACGAACUCCAUUGUUGUCCGGUGGAAGCUUCCAGGACGUCUCAGUAAAGUCAAACAUUGAAUCAGGACCAUCGAUUAAAGAGCGCAAGUUGAUGGCACUGGUUAGUAGCAGUGGACUGCUCGGCGUUAGCUCUGGCCCCCAGCACUUUCAGUUUCCGCCCAUUAACUCAAUAACUGCCUUUAAUCCGCUAACUUUGCCACCGAUGAGCGGUGGUGAUAAGUCCACUCCAGUCACUCCAAUACCUCAUGUGCCUGGAAUGCCUGGCCCAGGAAGUUUGACGCCGCAAAUGCCACUGCUGCCCCCGCCGCCACAGCAACUGCAGUUGCCGAUGCCCUCGAGUCGAGGACGCAGUCCGAAUCGCAAGCAACCCAGUCCACUUCUCUUGGGAGGAGCAGUUGGAGAACUGAAGGCUUUGUCGCCAUUUGGUGGAGUUCAGAAUCUUCCAAGCGAAUUUAGCCGACAGCCACCAACUCCUGCCCAGCGACAAGCUCUGCAGUGGAACAGCAAGGAGACGCCGAAGAAGGCACCGUUCAAUUUUCUACGCAUGGCGGAUAAUGUGAAGACCACGGAACCAGAAGUGCGUCACUUCAAUCUGGACAAUGUGAUUGCUGGGAAACAGCAGGAGUUGCCUUUGACACCACUGCAUGUGGAGACUCCCAAUGGAAGUGCCACAGAGGAGGCUAAUCCGGUUGCCAGUUCGUCUUCAUCGGCCAAGUCAAAGUUCUUGCGACCCACUAGCUUGCCAUUGAAACCCGGAACCUUUACCCCAAAACGCCAUCAUGGAAUUACACCCACGGCAAAUACACUGCCGUUGAUCUCGCCGGAGACUCCGAGACCCUCUAAAUCCUGUGUGCAACUGUAUCUCAAUGGACAUGCCUACACCUACUUGGGUCUGAAGUGCAGCACCAAAAUGUUCUACUGUACGGUGAACUGCCCGCAACCUUCGUAUGUGGCUGGCAUGCACAAGCUGUCGAUGUACAGUGUGUGGCAGGUGUGCGAGGAGAACCAGCCACAUCCACUUGGAUUUAAAUUGAAGCAAGUAAUGGCUCUAUAUGACUCACGUCAACGAAUGUUGGGAAAUGGAAGCUCCUCUGCAAUGGCUGGAUCAGGAAAACUGAGCUACAAUCUGGUUGCCUCACAGCAGACAGUGUGCUCCACUUCGACGUCGUCCAGUAGCAGUGCCUUCUAUCAGGGACCCUUGAAAACGCCACCAACUGUCACAGUGGCCGCUCUGAGUGAGGCAAAUGUGGCGGCCAAGGCGAAUGAGGAGGCGCAGGCCAAGAAGAUGGAGACCAGUCCGUCUGGACAGCCCCUGGUGGGUGGGUACGAGUCGCACGAGGAUUACACCUACAUCCGUGGACGAGGACGGGGCCGAUAUGUUUGCUCAGAGUGCGGCAUUCGCUGCAAGAAGCCUUCGAUGCUUAAGAAGCAUAUUCGCACCCAUACGGAUGUGAGGCCAUUCACCUGCAGCCACUGCAAUUUCAGUUUCAAAACUAAGGGCAAUCUGACCAAGCACAUGCAGUCAAAGACUCACUUUAAGAAGUGCAUUGAACUGGGCAUCAAUCCGGGGCCAAUGCCACCAGAUAGUGAGUUCCUGGAUGUGGACAUGGACUUUGACCAGCAGUCAUCCACUUCGGCGGGAGGACGCACAUCCUCAAUGGCUGGGGAAUCUGAUUCAGAUGAUUACAGCGACAAUGAAUCGGAGAGUAGUGACACGGAUGAAUCCAAGUCCCGAUUAAAAGAGCACGAGGCUGCCAGGGGUCUGCUAUCUCUAUCGAUGACGCCGCCAAUUCCACAGAGUGUGUCACCUUAUCCACAGUUGCAGGAUACACCUCUACCGGCGGCCAGUCCCGCCAACAGCAUUGGAUCCUCGGGAUCACUGCCCAAGAGAUUGGUGUGCUCUUUUACUUCGCCGAAGCCACCGUUCGACUACCAGAAGCAGGAACAGUAUUAUUCCAACCCUGAGGAAUCCAAGCCUAAGCGAAGCGUGGCUAGCGAGGAGAGCGCCCCCAUGGAUCUCACCAAGCCGCGCGGCUCGAUGUCAGCCAUCUCAUUGAUAGGUCAUCCGCCCAUCCAGGAUCUCCCCAAAUCGCAGGCUCAGCAGAUGCACGAUGUAAUCUUCGGCAGCUCUGGCAACGAGAGUGGUUUCAUGAAGACCCUGAUCUCGGUUUCGGACAAAGUGCGCAUUUCCGCCGAAAUGGAGGAGCAGGCCAAGCACGAGGCGGAGGGUGAGGAUGUCCAGUUGCAGACCUACAUCAAGGAGCAUGCUCUGCACCAGGCCAAAAUAAAGCAGAGUCAGUUCAGUCGCAGCUACCUAGUCCACACUUUGUACUCCACGGCGUCUCCAGUAAUGAGCAUCAGUAGCAGUAGUAACCUGUUUACUACCACCAGCAGCAGGCCCGUCAUGAGCAUAAAUGAGGUUCCUAUCAUCGAAGUCCACGAAGUUAAGACUCCGGAAGCGGUCGAGCCGCCAACUAUUGCUCCUGUAAUUGCUCCAGUCACAUCAACGCCAAUUCCAGUGAAGAUCCAAGAAGAAAACGAGGAAAACGAAUCACAUUCGGAUCAGGAGAAGCCCACCAUUGUGGAACCGCAUAAUGCCAAUCUUCCCGCUGCUGUGCAGCAACCGGAUGCCAAUGAUUUCAGUGGAGUACUCGGAAAUCCUCCGCCACCGCCACCGCCAGCAGUAACUGUGGCUGCUACAGUGACUACUUCCACAGCUUCUCCUGUGGCAACCUCAUCCACAACCUCCAACUCAACGCAGCCCACCCAGCGUACUGUGAUCGUGGGCGAAGAUGGCUUCAAGAGCUCCACGCCGAGCAGCAAGAGCAGCGAACUCCCGCAUGUGCCCUACGGCAGAGGAGUGCCAACAGGAGCGCCCAUCGCAAGCGAUGCACGACCCACGUGCACCAUCUGCUCCAAAACGUUCCAGCGGCAACAUCAGCUAACCCUGCACAUGAACAUCCAUUACAUGGAGCGCAAGUUCAAGUGCGAACCGUGCAGCAUCUCCUUCCGGACACAGGGUCAUCUGCAGAAGCACGAGCGAUCGGAGGCGCACAAGAACAAGGUAAUGAUGACGUCGACGUUUGGUGUUCCAACCACCUCCAAUCCGCGUCCCUUUGAGUGCACCGACUGCAAGAUUGCCUUCCGCAUCCACGGGCACUUGGCCAAACAUCUGCGAUCCAAGACGCACGUACAGAAGCUGGAGUGCCUGCAGAAGUUGCCAUUUGGAACCUACGCUGAAAUCGAACGUGCUGGUAUAAGUCUCACUGAAAUUGAUACAAGUGACUGCGAGAAUUCCCUGACAUCACUUAAGUUGCUGGCCCAGAAACUGCUGGAGAAGGAUCCGAACAAGCUGAGCGGCUACACAACGCCUUCUGGCAUGACCCAAGAUGCAACUGGUCCCGUCUCCCAGGAUAGCGCCUCCGAAGAUGGCUUCAGUGCGGUCAUAGCCUCGGCCAUAGCAUCGCUGGACAACGACAGUGCUGGCAACACACCCAAGCGGGCCAGCUCCAUGUCCGAGGAUGAAACCGUGGCCAAUGGCCUGAAUCACAGUCUGAAGCGUCGUCUGCCGGGCAGUUUCAGCAGCACGGGCGAGGAGAGCGAUAAUCCCGCAGAGGAGAAGCGUGCUCGUUCUGGCCAGGAGUUGCCUGUUCCCGUCCCGGUGGCCGUUCCCGUGGCUGCUUCGGCGGCGGCCAGCAACUGACAGUACAUGUACAUGCUGCAGCCCAGCUGAGGCUAUCAGUAUCCAGCGGUCUACCACCUGGACACCAGUCAGUAUGCCGUCUACAAUUCCAGGAGCGAGGGCCGCCAUGACCAAACCACCUCCAACGAGCGCAUAUCAAAUGUCUAAGCAUAUCGCAUUUGGGCACACACACAACUUACUCUAGAGCUAGCCUAUAAGACCCACCACCUCUCUCCCGUGAUAGUUCCCAAUGAUAUUGGGCUAAUCGCGAAUCGUAAUCGAACGAUAGGAGAGCCAGAUAAGCGAGUCAGCUAUUCCAGUGUAAACACUCUAUGGGGACUACUGACCCGAAAGAAUCUUAUACAAAGUCUUAUACGGUUUGAGAAGGCAGUCAGUCCCCCGCGGAUCGUUUCGAUCUGCCUCUUAAGUAUUUAGUUUAAGGAAUCGUCAUCAGCUAGCCCUAGUUAUAAGCCAACAACCAACAAGCACACGUAUAAGUCUAUAUAUAUUAUAUACAUUCAACCAUAAUUUGUUUUCGAAAUGCAUAAAUGCAAAAACUCCUGAAGUGCUGUGAGUCUAUCUACAAAUGUAAAAAGCCGAGAGCGAGAAAGUGUGUUAUUUAUAAGGCCUAGCCCCGAUAAUGAAUCAGAACACCUACACUGAGUAUAUAAAUUGGUUUUCCAAGUCCAAAUCAAAUCAUCUAGAAAUCACGUAGUUCUUCCUUAUUUCAAAUUGUUAUCACAUCAAGUUAAAAAAGAAAUGAUAAACGAUGUAUAACCCUAGUUUUGUUUCAUCUUACAAAACGACGAGACCACGAGACUCUUUUAAUUGUUUGUUUUAAUUUUGUAUUCGACAGAAGAGAAACGAAAUGAUAAAGAAUAGCUAACUGUAAAUAAUCAAUAUGUUGUCAUAUAUGCAUUAAGCGGUAGGUUAGUCAAAAAAAACUACACAAAGUUGAUAGAGAUAAAUGAAAAUUAUUGUACAAACUGCUGAGGCAAGAGCUGCAGCAACGUAUAUAUACACAUAGAUAUAUAUAUAUAUAUAUUUAAAUGUAUGUAUGUGGUUAAACAACAAGAAAAUGAAGUGAUCUAUUACAUUAUUGUAAAA